AUGGCUGAACCAGAAGAUAUUAACAUUAACGAAUUAGCUGAAUACGAGGAUUCCGAUGAUGAAACCGUACAAGAAACCAAUGGAGAUAAGAAGAUUGUUUCUGCAAAGGAUACCCAUGUCGCUAUGCAUAGCAGUGGUUUCAGAGAGUUCCUCUUGAAGCCAGAGCUCGACAAAGUCAUUGGUGACUGUGGUUUCGAACAUCCAUCCGAAGUCCAAAACGAGUGUAUUCCACAAGCCAUCUUGGGUCACGACAUCAUCUGCCAAGCCAAGUCUGGUAUGGGUAAGACUGCCGUCUUUGUCUUGUCCGUCUUACAACAAAUCGAUAUCAAUCCAACUGGUGUUGUUGCUUUGAUCCUUUGUCACACUAGAGAGCUUGCCUAUCAAAUCUGUGAUGAGUUUGAUCGUUUCACCAAGUAUAUGAGCACUGUCAAGACCGCUGUUAUCUAUGGUGGUAUGCCAGUACAGACCCAGAAGGACAUGCUCAGAGACAGACAACCAAACAUUGUCAUUGGUACACCAGGUCGUGUCUUGCAAUUGGCCUCUGAACACAGCCUCAACCUCAAGUCCAUCAAGCACUUUAUCCUCGACGAGUGCGACUCACUCUUGGAGUCACUCGACAUGCGUAAAGACAUCCAAAAGAUCUACAAGUUGACAUCGCCAACCAAGCAAGUUAUGAUGUUCUCUGCCACUCUCUCCGAUCAAAUCAGAGGUGUCUGCAAGAAAUUCAUGCAUGUUCCAUUUGAAAUCUAUAUCAAUGAUGGUUCAAAGCUUACUCUCCACGGUUUGCAACAAUACUAUGUUAAGUUGACCGAGGACCAAAAGAACAGAAAGUUGGUCGAUUUGCUCGACUCUUUGGACUUUAACCAAGUGGUUAUCUUUGUCAAGUCGGUCGAGCGUGCCAAGGCAUUGAAUAGCAUCUUGUCGGAGGUCGGUUUCGCCUCGAUCUGUAUCCAUCGUGAUCUCAAACAACCAGAGAGAAUCGAACAGUACCGUAAGUUCAAGAACUUCCAAUCGAGAGUCAUGGUUGCCACCAACAUUUUCGGUCGUGGUAUCGAUAUCGAGCGUGUCAACGUAGUCAUCAACUACGAUAUGGCCGAGUCACCAGAUACCUACCUUCAUCGUGUAGGUCGUGCCGGUCGUUUCGGUACCAAGGGUCUCGCCAUCUCAUUCAUCACCGCCGCCGAAGACCUUACCACACUCGACCAAGUCCAAUCCAAGUUUGUCGUUUCCGUCAAAGACUUGCCAGAGAAGAUCGAUCCAUCAACCUACAUGAGUGGUUAA